CAUUUUUAAACCAGGGAUGUUGAAACUCUGCCGCAGAACGGAUGUUGGGCGGAUGUGGACAUCCGCAAAAAAUUAUUACUUGUACCUUUGGUAAAAGCUCAGCAUAUAAAAAGAAAUGAGCAAGAAAAGCAAUGUGUGGCAGUUCUUUUACAAGGCUUCGGACACUGUUGCCACAUGCUGCCUGUGCCAAAGGAACUAUUCGCGAAAAGGACGAGGUACAACUUGUCUAAGGAAUCACCUCAAAAGCAGACAUCCUGCGGAGUUCCUUACUUUGUCCGAAGAUGUCAAGUAUGUGGUUAAGCGAGAGAUCGGUAGCAGUCCAUCUCAGCAUCCUACGGCGAAAUUGGAGCUUAAGUUGGACGAACCAGACCCAGAUCCACUGGAAACAGGUCAUGGCAACUUUGGAGAUUCCGAGGACUUCCUCAUGCAUGCUCGCUGUGAUGAAAAGAUGGCGCUUAUGUUUCUAACUCAGUCAUUUGAUUUAAUCGAUGGAAGUGGAUUCAUCAGCCUUAUAAAGACUUUGCAGCCACGGUACGUGAUCCACCCAAAAAGCUACUAUGAGAAAAUACUGUGCCAGGAUGUAUUCCGGAGAAUUCAUUCUCAAAUAAAGCAACAGGUGGAUCUGUUAGACGCCAUAUCGUUAUCCAUUAGUCUCUGGUGGGGAGGCCAGGCUGAAGGACUUCUCAGUUUAUCUUGUUCUGGAAUCACCAGGGACUUCCGGUACAAUAGUUUCAUGCUCAGGUGUGAAGCUAUUAAUUAUGAAACGGCCACCAAAGUGUCCUCCAGUAUUCUCGAUCUUAUACCCACUCUGACCAUUGAGUUACCCAAAGAUAAAAUCUAUUGCGUGGUGAGAGAUGAGUUAAGCGCCGCUCCAGGAUCUCUUCCCGAUUGCAGUGUCCAUCGCCUUCAAAUGUGCGUAAGAUUCGCCUUGCAAUCCAACGAAGUCCUCAUGAAUCUUUCAUCGAAAUGCAAACAAAUUGUUGACCACUUUGCAUCUUCUAAAGUGGCCCACGAUCACCUAAAAUUUAUUCAGAAAAUGCGUCUAAAAAGGGACCCCUGUUCUAUCUUAAAAGUGGCCUCCUCCAAGUGGAAUGCAACCUUUCAAAUGAUGGCACGAUUGCUAAGGAUGAAAGAUGCUAUUACCCUGUAUGCUGAAGAGUACAGCCUGAUUCAAAUAUAUCCAGAUGAAUGGGUAGACAUCGAUUUGUGCAACAAGGUAAUGCAGCCUUGCGAAGAAAUUAUAAAGAUAUGGAGUUCUCCCACGACAUCAGCUUCGUCGGUGAUUCCACUUGUGGCCGCUCUAAGGGACUCUCUUAGAACGGAUGUUCACAACUAUGUUUCUUCUGUGACCAUUUCCAGUUUUGCUCGAAAACUACUUGAGGAAUUGGAAAUGAAAUUCUCGCAUGUUACAAGUGAUACAAAGUUUCUGAUGGCCACUUACUUGGAUCCGCGGUACAAGCAAGCUUUCUUUACUGAACGAGAGGAACAAUUGGUGGCCAAUGAGAUUUUGAUGCAACUGACUAGAGUCCAGGAAGAUCCGGAAGGGCAGCCACUCAUGAAGAUGAUUAAAGUGUCUUCAUCUGCGUCCCUUAAAAAUGAGUCCAAGAUUGACAGUAUACUGGACACCAUGCUGACGAAUGGCUCUACCAACAGCCAGCAGGCAACCACAUCCUUCGGAUCUCAAUCGCAAAUUAAAAAUCUCUUGUACUUGUAUAACUCCGAGCCGAGAAUCGGAAGGGAAAUAGACCCAUUAAUGUGGUGGAAAUCUAACGCCAAAUAUAGUGCCAUGUUUCCCAUUGUUCGACGGUUCUUAUCGGUGCCGGCUGCAAGUAUUGCCAGCGAAGGAUUAUUCAAAGAAUCUUCACAUGUGUACAACGACAUCCAUAUGGGGUUGAGUCUCGAAAACGCUUCCAAAAUAUUACUAAUCAAAUCGAACUUUAAUAUGAUUACCAGUAGAGAUUAGAAUAGUAGAUUGAAU